AUGAUUAAACUGUAUUACUAUUAAGGAUAUUAUUUAAAUGAUAAAAAACAUGGUUAAGAUAUGUUAUCUUGGAAUAAUGGAAAAAAAUAUGAAAGCGAAUGGGUUCUGGGAAAAUAAAAUGGUAAAGGUUUUAUUAUCACUGAAAUUGGAGAAAAAAAGUGGAAUCUGGGAAAAUUGAAGAAGAAUCAAAACUGA